CAUAGGCAAAAGGUUCAGAGCCAGAUCAGAUCUCUUUUUGCCUUUCUCUUGCAUUCAUUGGAUAUCCACUGAGUGAAGAUGCAGAACGGGACAGAAGGCAACAACUUCUACAUCCCCAUGUCCAACAGGACUGGGCUUGUAAGGAGUCCUUUUCUCUACCCUCAGUACUACUUGGCACCUCCAUGGCAAUACUAUUGUCUUGCCGCCUACGUGUUCUGUCUGAUAAUUUUUGGAUUCCCCAUCAACGGGCUGACCCUGUAUGUCACAUUCACAAACAAGAAGCUCCGGCAACCCCUCAACUUCAUUCUGGUCAACUUGGCUGCGGCUGGAAUGAUCAUGGUCCUCUUUGGAUUCACCAUCACCAUCACAUCUGCUCUUAACGGCUACUUCAUCUUUGGGCCAAUGGGUUGUGCUAUUGAGGGUUUCAUGGCUACACUUGGAGGUAAGAAAUAAUUAAAAAUGCUACAGAAUCUACUUUAGUUUAAACUGAUUCAAAAUACUGAUAAGCUGUACCCAAAGUAAUUGAAAAUAAUUUUGGAACUGAAAGUACUGUUCUCAAUGUUAUUGUAAAUCCAUUUAGAACUGAAGUAACUGACUUUGGAUUGUGGUUUCAUUCUCCAGGUGAGGUUGCCCUGUGGUCUCUGGUAGUGCUGGCUGUUGAGAGAUACAUUGUGGUCUGCAAGCCCAUGGGCAGCUUCACGUUCACUGCCACCCACGCUGGUGCUGGUGUUGCAUUCACCUGGAUAGCUGCUAUGGCAUGUGCUGCUCCCCCACUGGUUGGCUGGUCCAGGUAAGCUGUAACCAGUGUAGGAAAUUUGAAGUUACAUAAAAUGUUAUUCACAUGCUAUUCAAGUCAUGCUCCAUCCACCACCAAUCCUACUCACUCACACAAAAUGAUAAUAUUGUGCACUUCUAUUUAUUUUAGGUACAUCCCAGAGGGCAUGCAGUGCUCAUGUGGACCUGACUACUACACCUUGGCCGAAGGCUUCAACAAUGAAUCAUAUGUGAUCUACAUGUUCUCCUGCCACUUCAUCAUCCCAGUCUGUAUGAUCGCCUUCACUUAUGGAAGCCUGGUCCUCACAGUCAAGGCGGUAAGUGACGUCUUACACAAACAACAUUUAUCUAGGAGUUCCACAUAGUGUGCAUAGUAUAAAAUGUAGGUGAUAGUUCUCCACUCUGAUGUCUUGAUUAUCUUCAUUUUCAGGCUGCAGCUUCCCAGCAGGACUCAGCAUCUACCCAGAAAGCAGAGAAGGAAGUCACACGUAUGUGCGUCCUAAUGGUUUGUGGUUUCUUGAUCGCCUGGACCCCCUAUGCUAGCCUUGCUGCCUACAUCUUCUUCAACAAAGGAAUUGCCUUCAGUGCCCAGUCCAUGGCUAUCCCUGCCUUCUUCUCCAAGAGCUCAGCCUUGUUCAACCCCAUCAUCUAUGUGCUGAUGAACAAACAGGUUGGUAACAUUAUACAUUUUUUAAAACCUUUUCUACUUACUCUUUGAGUUUGACGUAGCAGUAACAGAAUAUAUUGUUUGUUCAAUGUAUUUUGACUUGUCAUGCUCAUUGCUUUUCAUUCUUUCCCCUCCCAGUUCCGUGGCUGCAUGCUGGCCGCUGUAGGGAUGAAAGCAGAAGAAGAUGAGACUUCUGUGUCAGCAAGCAAGACAGAAGUGUCUUCUGUGGGCCCUGCAUAGAGACUUUCCCUCAUCCUGCACUUCCUGCCCUCUGAUUUCUACUCUUGUCUGAUGCUCUACAUGGACUGCUUUUGAAGACUUCUACCAAUUGGACAUUAUGUGCUGAUUAUUAUAUUUACUUGUAACGAUUGGACUCUGUCACUCCAAAACAAACUCAACAACUGCAUUUUGCUGCUUAGAUUCCUAAAAUGAACUAAUGUAAACCGUUUUUAUAAUACGUUUACUGCAGGUUGUGACAGAAUCAGGGCAGUGUAUUGACAUCUAAUCCGAACCAAUUUCUUGUUCUCUUUUCUCUCACCUCAAUCAAGAGACAGUUCCCCAAUUGGAGGGCUGUAAUUGACGAUGGUAACAUCUAAAGGCAAGCUCAACAAUAAGACACAACCUAGUUUCAAGGCACACGAGAUACGAUCAAACCCUCUCUGCACUGUCACUGCGUCAUUCUGCACUGUGUCACUCAAUGUAGUUGAGAUUGGAUCACGAGAUUGUAUUUUUAU